AAAGACGGCUUUGGUAAUGGGGAGAGUAAAUAAAAUUUGUUACAUAACAAUAGAGCGGUAUGGCGGGUAUCCUAGUUUUGACCGUGAGGCACCAGUCUCGUGAUAGAGACUGUCUGAAGAAGAAAUCUCCCAAAUCUAGAUGGUCCAACCUAGAAGACAAGACGUGGUAACCCAGUACCAAACACAACCUGAACACCUUGCAGAACAAGAAACCAAAACAAUAAAUGACAAUACCCGGUUGAAAACUGAGAAGAGAGAAGAAGACAAAAAAAAGAUGCAAGAGAAGGGGGAUAUCAUAGUAGAAAGCAGACUUUUUCCUGUGAUUCGCCCAAUGCGCAAAAGACCCAGUAGUGUUGUACAAUGGCUGAAGCAAACGAAGAAACAAAAAACGUGCAGCGAGAUUAACAAUUAGUAACAGCAAGAAAGGGUAUCUCGCAGUAAUGUCAAAGUGACGCGCAAAGCAGUGCCGGUAAUGGAAGGG